CAAAACCUAGUCUUGCUUCAGCCUCAAUAACGGUAGCACAACAGUCAACAUGUUCAAACUCCUCCUGAUCGUCGCUUUGGUGCCAGCCAUCCUGGCCCAGACCCCAGUUCGCCAGUGUGCCAACGGAGCUGGUCUGCCCCAGUCGGUUGACAUCAAUGGAUGCACGACGUCGCCCUGCCCGAUCCAGAAUGGUGCCCCCAUCCAAGCCUUAGCCGUUGGAAUCACCAGCCCGGUUGCCAGCAACGGAAUGGAAGCCUACAUCGUGAUCCGCUUGGCCGGUCUGCAGAUUCCCUUCCCAAUGCCAGAUGGUCUGGAGGAUGCCUGCGCUAUGGGAACCGCACCCGGAACUUGCCCGAUUUCGGUCGGACAGGUCUUCGACUACAACCUGAAUCACGGAGGCAUGGCUCUGACGCUGACCGGUGUAACCGUGCAGGUUGAGGUCGGUCUGCGUGCCGACGACAACAGCUUGAUCGGUUGUCUGGAAUUCGAUGCUACCAUUGUUUAAUAAACGAGUUAAAAUUUAAGAAAA